GGCCACCGGUCUUUCAUUCUUUAUAUUGCUGCCUUUCAUCAUGGCCAUGCCCACUUAUCCAUUCAUUCAAUGGAAAAAAGGAUGAGAAGAAAAGGGGGCAUAAGAAAAUAAGAAGAGAUGACUACUCACAAAUGGAAAUAAAUAAAUCAGGAAAAACAUCUCUUUUAAUAGAAGAGAACUAGACGCAUGGAGGGGGGGUGAAGUGGUUGGAUUUUCUUCCUCCUAUUUGCAAAGUUUUCUCUUUAUUAUAAAACUUCAAAGCUUCUCAGACUCAAUGCCACUUUUCCAGUAUUUGGUUCUUUCUCCCUGAUUUUCCAUAUAUGGCAAAUAAUUUUUAAAGUCUCAUUUUUCUGAUUUUCCAUUUAUCUUAAGUCAAAAUAAGGUUCCUUGACAGGCAAUGUGUCUGUUUUUUCUAAACCUCUUUGUAGUUAGGUAAAUAUGUCUAGAAUAUGAGGUUCAAGCCCUAUUAAUUAUCUGCAAGUUUUAUUAAAGGAUGAGAGGAAGAGAAGAGGAAGAAAUUGAAAUUAUCUGGGCAAAGGAUCUGAGCUUUUAUGAAGCAAAGGUUCAUGCUUAAAGUAUAGAUUCAGUGACUGUUCUUAAUCAUGGUGUUUCUGGCAAAAGCAGGCAUCUUGGCUUAUUGAGCACUUUGGACCAUGUCAAAGAGAAUAGCAGUUAUUGGUUCUGGAGUAAGUGGGCUGACAUCCAUCAAAGCUUGCCUGGAGGAAGGCCUUGAACCCACCUGUUUUGAGCAAAGCAGUGACAUUGGUGGCCUAUGGCGAUUCACAGAAACUGUAGAGGAAAGAAGAGCAAGUAUCUACAGGUCACUCACCAGUAAUUCCUCCAAAGAGAUGAGCUGCUUCAGUGACUUUCCAAUGCCGGAUAACUUUCCAAACUUUCUGCACAAUGCAAAGUUCCUGGAAUAUUUGAGACUGUAUGCAAAACAUUUUGAUGUGCUCAAAUAUAUCAGAUUCAAGUCUCCAGUUGUCCAUGUAGAAAAAUGCCAAGAUUUCUCUACUACUGGCCAAUGGAACGUGAUUGUAGAGAAAGAUGGAAAGCAGGAAUCCUUCACCUUUGAUGCUGUCAUGAUCUGUACAGGACAUCAGAUAGAAGCACAUACUCCGCUGAAUUCUUUUCCUGGUUUUGAAAAGUUCAAGGGGAAUUCAUUCCACAGCCAAAAUUACAAGGAUUCAGAAGAAUUUGAAGGGAAGACUGUUGUGAUCAUUGGAAUGGGAAAUUCAGCUGCUGACAUUGCUGUGGAGAUCUGCAAGAAAGCAAAGAAGGUGGUCCUCAGUGCCAGGGGAGGCACGUGGGUGAUGAGUCGAGUAUAUGACAAUGGCUAUCCCUGGGACACCAUCUAUCACACUCGCUUUAUUAAUUUUAUCCGAAAUUCUGUCCCAUGGUUUGUUUUGAAAUGGAUGACAGAACAGAAGAUGAAUCAAUGGUUCAAUCAUGAAAACUAUGGUUUGGUGCCUCAAAACAGGUACUUGAUGAAAGAGCCAGUGUUCAAUGACGACCUGCCAAGCCGUAUCCUGUGUGGAUAUGUGAGCGUGAAGCCACUUGUCCGGCAGUUCACAGAAACCUCAGCCAUAUUUGAAGAUGGGACAAUGGUGGAGAAUGUAGACAUUGUCAUCUUUGCAACAGGCUACAGCAUUGCAUUCCCUUUCCUGGACAAGUCAGUCCUUGAGGUGGAGGAUAAUCGUGUCUCACUGUAUAAGCAUGUCUUCCCUCCUCAUCUGGAGAAGCCAACCUUGGCUGUUAUUGGUCUCAUCCAACCUCUUGGGCCUAUUAUGCCCACUUCAGAAUUGCAGGCACGUUGGGCUACAAGAGUUUUCAAGGGGUUAAGCCUCCUGCCUUCAGAGUGUGCCAUGAUGGCUGAUACCAUUAAAAGAAAUGAAAAAAGGAUUAAGUGGUUUGGCACCAGCCGCAGUCAGUCAAUUCAAACCGAUUUCAUUGAUUACCUGGACGAGCUUGCUGCAGCCUUCGGAUCAAAGCCAGAUCUAUUCUCACUGCUGUUAUGGGAUCCCAUUCUAGCUUGGGCCAUGUUUUUUGGGCCCUGCAACCCUUUCCAAUUCCGUCUUAAAGGGCCAGGCAAGUGGACUGGAGCCAGAGAUGCCAUCCUCACCCAGAGGGAGCGGAUUAUUAAACCCACGAAAACACGAAUUGUGAGCAGCUCUUCAAACCACACUCUGUUCUCCCUGCUCACAGCCAUUGGUCUCCUUGGUAUCUUGGCUGCAUUUUUCCUUUUCCUUGUUCAGCAUUGAUCUCCACCCUAAAACACAUUAGUGACAACUGCUUGUGUCCAUACUUUUUAUUCCUCUAAUGAUCACCUUAGGCUUACCAUCUACACCUUAGUUUCUGUAUGCUCACAAACAUAAAAGAGGAUCUUAUGAGAAACUAUGAAUUAUAAAUGAGGAAAAGAUAUGGAAAAUGGGGGGGAAUGCAAGAAAGAAAAAGGCAUUUUUUAAAAAA